AUGUCUCUUUUCGGUGGUGGUGGUGGUGGCGGCGCCACUGGCGGCGGCGGCUCGCUCUUUGGGCAAAAUAACCAGAAUCAGCAACAGACGGGCAACGCGACCUCGACCGGCGGCGGGUUGUUUGGCGCGCAGAACAAGCCCGCGACUGGGGGCGGAGUGUUUGGCCAAAGCACCCAGCCGGCUGCGGCCUCGACUGGCGGUGUCUUUGGACAGCCUGCGCAGAAUCAGACCCAACAGACGGGCACGACGGGUGGACUGUUUGGACAGCCUGCGCAGAAUCAGACGCAACAGACAAGCACGACGGGUGGACUCUUUGGGCAAAACACGCAGAACCAAACGCAGCAGACUGGGACGACUGGUGGUGGGCUCUUCGGCCAGAACAACCAGGCCCAGACGCAGGGAACGACCGGCAGCGGUCUAUUCGGCCAAAACAACCAGGCCCAGACACAAGCUACAACCGCCGGCGGGCUUUUCGGUCAGAACAAUCAAGCUCAGACGCAACAAGCUGGAACCACAGGCAGUGGCCUUUUCGGUGCGAAGCCUGCGACAGGCGGCAGCGUCUUUGGUCAACCGGCGCAAACCCAGCCCUCCAAUGCGUUUCAAGCAGCCGGCGCGAGCGUUCUUGGUGGUCAACAACAGCAACCCGCUGGGUCUGCUCUUGGCGGCAGUCUUUUCACCAACCAACCACAAAGCAACACUCAGAAUGGCGUGACCGCGCCCUCGCAGCCCGCAGGCGCUUACUUCGAUAGCUUGUUUGCAAAGACGCAAAAAGCCGGUGGUCAGAACAAUUCAAAUAUGGAAGAUCUUCCGAGCCUCGAGCUCGGCCUCGGCGAUCUCCGCCACCGUUUGCGCAAGCUUCAGUCUAAGCCUAACGAGAAACCCCUCGAAGGCAAGGCGCACUACCUGCUUGCGGCAGCAGGCGUCAACCCUGGUGCUGCGGCCAAGGACCUGGGACUUUUGGACGUGCAGGGACGUACCGAACGCGCCGCGCAUGGCGGCUACGCUCCGAGCGAAAUUGAUGUCGAAACUUACCUCUCGAAUCUGCAGACCAAAACAACAUUAAGCAUGAUCUCGGACGGCUUGGAACGAUCGGUCCGCGACUUUGAUAACUUUCUCGAAGACAACGUUGCGAUGGAAUGGGAUGUGCAGCGCAAGCGGAUUUAUGACCACUUUGGCAUCAAACCUCAGGAGAAUGGAGCUGCCAGCCGCGAAAGUCAGGGCGGUUUCGGCCGCUCUCGACGAAGCAAAGCACAGGAUGGUGCUCCCAAGGCCUCUCGCGCCUCAGUGUUCGGAAAUUCCGCCUUGCAUCGAUCUGUAAUUGGUGCUCCUAGCCGCAUCGGAAUGCACGAGUCCGAGUUUACAGACAUCGAUCCAGCCGCGGAUGUCAAGAAGAAGGGUGGACUAGAGGACCGGGGAACGCGCGAAAGACAGCUGAAGCUUGCCGACAAAGUUCGCAAUCUGAAUAUGUGCCGACUCGAUAACCGCCCUUAUCCCAUUCUACAUGAGCUCUGCCAGGUUGAAGAAAAGUCGCACGAGCCUCAUGCGUUCCAUAUAGUCGAGGCAUACCGUGCCAUGAUUGAAGUCGUCGGGGAGCAGUCCGUCAACUCUCCUCUGGGCUACAGCGCAACAAAGGAACGCGAAUUCGCUGGCAUAUAUCUGGAUGAAAAUCCAAACUCUCCUCAGUCUGUUGAGAUGAAGAAGAAAAUUCUCAGUGGCGCAAAUGCAUUUUUGGAAAAGCAAUUCAUUCGAGAGGUUGAGAGCCUCAUCGCAAAGCAUCCUCACGAGGCCAAGCUUGGUGGUCUUCCCGACAUCACAAGCAAGAUCAAGGCAUACAUCCGCCUUCGUUCAGCGAGGAAGGAUUUGGUACCCGACAACACGGAGCUGCAGCAGGUUCAGGGUGAAUUUGUGUGGGCGAUAGUAUUCUACCUAAUACGUUCCGGCAACGUUAACGAAGCCGCAAAAUAUGUCAACGACAACAGCAAUCAUUUCAGAGGAAUCGACAGGACAUUCUCGACAUAUCUCAACAACUAUGCUGCCAGCGAAGACCGCAGGAUCACAAACAGAAAAUUGCUCGAGCGCUGUACGAAUGAAUACGUCCAGCGAUACCGCAAUGCCCCCGACAACUCCAUUGAUCCGUUCCGCAUGGCUUGUUACAAGAUCAUUGGUCGAAUCGAGCUAGCGAACCGCGAUCUGAAUGGCUUCAACACAGACAUCAACGACUGGAUUUGGUUGCAAUUCAACCUCGCGCGUGAAGGCGACAAGACUGUAGAGAUGGCAGGCGAGUCGUAUGGUCUUGCAGAACUGCAAACCAGUAUCCGGGAGAUUGGUCUUAAGCACUUUCCCAAGACUGUCUCCGAUGAUAACAACAGUGGUAGCUUUGGCAUGUUCUUCUAUCUUCAGGUACUUUCCGGCAUGUUUGAAGAUGCGAUUGGCUACCUAUACUCUUUCUCAUACAUUGAUGCUGUCCACUUUGGUAUCGCUCUCGAAUACUAUGGCCUUUUGCGGCCUAGCGACCCGAUGUCGGCGCCAAACGAUCUUCGCAGCUAUAGCAGCAAGAAUCUGUCUCAGAUCAACUUUGGCAGAAUGAUUGGAUACUACACUCGCGACUUCCGUGCCGCCGAUGUCGUAUCAGCUGUCGACUAUCUGACGCUGAUCUGCCUCAAUCAAGACUUGGGUGGCGAAGCUGGUCGACGACAGAGCAGCCUGUGCCACGAAGCCCUGCGUGAACUGGUACUUGAGACACGCGAAUUUAGCAAACUCAUCGGUGAUAUUCGCCCAGAUGGCCAGCGCAUCCGCGGCAUUAUCGAGAUCCGGGGUCCUCUUAUUGGGCUGAGCGAUGAGGACGAUUUCAUUAACACGGUCACGCUGCAGGCGGCAAGUUUUGCCGACGAGAACGGGAGAACCACCGACUCUGUACUGCUGUACCACCUUGCGGGUGAGUACGACGCUGUCGUUGCAAUCGUCAGCCGCGCUAUCAGUGAAGCCAUCUCCCUCGAAAUUGGCGAGGAUCCCAUGCGCCUGAUGCCCAUCAAGCCUAGAGCCGGCGGCAAUGAUGCAGAUGCUCAGCAAGGGACCAGCCUGAGCUUGGCUGCCAUUGACGAUCCGAUCGAGCUUGCCAAGACAAUGAUGCACAUGUACGAGCGCGAUGCCAUGUUUUACCGCAAGAUCCAAGACACCAAUAAGAUGGCCUGCCGCGUCUUGUUGGAAAUGAGCACUAUCAAGAACCUUGUCGAAACUGCCCAGUGGGCACAAUGUCUUGACAAAAUACGCGGUCUUGAGAUCCUGCCACUGGAGGCCAGCGGCGACGCCAGCGCCAUUCGCUCCUACGCGGCUAAAUUCUCAGCCCUCCCGCAGCCUGUCUCCAUUAACGUACCGAAUCUGCUAAUGUGGACCAUUAUCUGCUGCGUGCGACAGCGCGAGCAGCUCACCAAUGGCCAGUUUAGCGGCAACGAGGGAACGCGCAGGAUGAUGGUGGAUCAGCUCAAGCAGAUGACGCUCGACUUGACGACAUAUACUAGCCAGCUGCGUUAUCGCUUCCCGCCGCAUUUGCACGAGGCACUCGCGAGGGCGUCUGCUGAAUAA